GAUUUGUCAAACAACCCUCGAUGACAGAGUGCCAGCCUGGGAGGAAAUCCCCAGUGUAUUGUCUGUGUGUUUUGAGUGGAAGAAGAGGGAAGUGAAUUCUGUCUAUAUAUAGUAUUUCAAAACGGCAGUGAACAGCAAGAACCUCUCACUGAAGCAGUCAAUAUGCAGCUGUCAUCUGUCGUCAAAGCGCUGGGGUCUCUGUAUCUGCUGCUUGCAGAAGGAUUUCCAGUUUCAGAGGAUGGAUCUCCAGAAAUCAUUGGGGCAUAUCAAGUCCAAAUAAAAGUUCAUCCAGGUGAGCCCCUGGUUCUUCACUGUGAUGCAUUAACAAAUUGCAAAGAUGGCGUGACACUUAUCUACUGGCUCGUCAAUGGCUCUUUCCCUGAGGACACACCCAGCAGUGGUGGAAUAGUAGAAUCAGAGGAAUCAACUUUGGCGGAGGGUGAAAUCCUACAGAGGAGUUUGCUGUUGAAGAAUGUCACACCAGAGGACCUCAAAUCCACCUUCACCUGUGUUGUGAUAAGCGCUUUUGGAAUGGUCCAAAAGCACAUCACACUAGCAGCACCAGGAGGUUUGAAUGUGGGGAAAAAAAGAAAACACUGAAUGUGACUGCUGAUAAGAAGUGGUGGAUUUCUCUGAGCCAUGUUUUAUCUUGCAAAAAUGAUUCAUAUUGGUAAGAAUCAACAUUAUCUGUGAAUUUACUAUUAUUUGUUACACUGUCAGAUGCAAGAAUUAUGACAAAGAAGAGUUGGAUGAGGAAAUGUGCAAAACUUGAGAGAGUGAGACCAGUGGUGUUACAAUGUAAAAAUCUGAUGUAGCAUUUUCAGGAUCCCCCUUUUUAUCCAAGGAAAAGACAUCCAGACACAACAUUUUACGUGGAACUGAAUGCAUCCUUGAUAGAAUCGUGGUAAACUGUCUAAAUCAGUGUAAUUUAGAUAACUCUACUACACAAAGGUACUGUAUUUUAACUUCAGAAUAUAGAUAGAAUAUUGUAUCAGUUUAUUUGCUAUGCUUGUGUAUCAUUCCAGUGUCUGUGUGUGCUGGCGAUGAGCCAUCUUAAAUCUGUAUACUGUUUGAAAAUACACGCUUAAUGAGACAAAGUUGAA